AAACUUUUCUAGUCUUAGAGUUUUGAUGGAUCUUUUCUUUUCAGAUUUUUCAAAACCACAGCAAGAUGUGUGAUCAGCAAAAGCAGCCACAGUUCCUUCCAUCUUGUGUGAAGGGUUCUGGACUGGGAGCAGGUCAAGGUAGCAUUGGCGCCUCUGGGGAAAGCCAGGCUUCAGGACCGGUACAAACUGUUGGUGCUCCAGGGCCUGUUCCCUUCCAGCCUCAAACCAUCGUGAGAUACUACUCAGCUCCGGUUCCAGCUCAGACUUAUGUAAAAUACCAAGUUCCAUGCCAGACUAAAACUUACGUGAAAUGCCCAACUCCUUGCCAAACAUACGUGAAGUGCCCAGCCCCGUGCCAGACGACAUAUGUGAAAUGUCCAGCCCCGUGCCAGACAACCAGUGUGAAGUGCCCAGCUCCGUGCCAGACAACCAGUGUGAAGUGCCCAGCCCCGUGUCAGACAACCUACGUGAAGUGCCCAGCCCCGGGCCAGGCUCAGACGUAUUACGUGCAGUACCAGGUUCCUUGCCAGACCUACUACACCCAGGCGUCUUCAAGCGGUUUAAGUUCUCAGUGUGGUGUCCCUGACCCAUGCUCUGUCCCAUGUUCCAUGAGCUACUGCUGUUUGGCUCCCCGGUCCUUUGGGGUGAGUCCUCUGAGACGCUGGGUCCAGCGGCCCCAGGGAUGGAACACAGGAUCUGGUUGCUGUGAGGAUUCUGGGUGCUGUGGCUCCGGAGGCUGUGGCUCUGGAGGUUGCGGUGGCAGCGGCUGUGGCUCUGGAGGCUGUGGCUGUGGCUGUGGUUCUGGUUGCUGCUGUUUAGGAAUUAUUCCCAUGAGGUCCCGAGGUCCUGCAUGCUGUGACAACUGUGACAACGACGAUGACUGCUGCUGUUAAACACAAAAGGACUCUACCCUGCUUCCAAAAUUUACCUCCUGCUAUGUCUUCUGAAAC